AUUAUAUAAAACGUUUCUUCUGCAAAGUGCUUCAAACAUCGACUAAAAAUAUUGUGGACUCUUAUUUUACCUCUAUCUCUAUCCAUCUGGUAACGAGGAAUACAACAGAGUCAUGAAGUUCCAGAUUCUACUGGCUAUCACUGUAUGUUCCCUGCAAGGCGGUCUUGCAUUUAAAAUUGCUGCUUUCAAUAUUGAGAGGUUCGACAGUCCUAAGGUGGAGGAUACCACUGCACGGAAUCUUCUCAUCCGGAUACUGAGAAGAUAUGAACUCAUAGCAGUCCAAGAAGUAAUGAAUUCAAAUGAUUCAGCUAUUAAGAGACUUGUCCAGGAACUUAAUCUAGCAACUGGUUUACCAUACAACUUGUUGAUAUCCGACCAUCUGGGUCGAGGUUCCUACCGUGAGAAAUAUGUCUAUAUAUACAGGGAGGACAUUUUAAAACCAACAGAGUGGUAUCACUAUGAUGACGGGUGCGAAAAUUGUGGCACAGAUUCGUUUCUACGGGAGCCAUUUGUGGCCCGGUUUACUUCUUUAACUACUGAGUUGAAAGACUUUGUCUUGGCGACAGUUCACACAAGCCCAGAUUACGCCGUGCUAGAGGUAGAUGCUCUGUACGAUGUGUGGGAAGACGCCAAGCAACGACUGCGUACAGAGAAUAUCCUGAUUUUGGGAGAUUUCAACUCAGACUGCAGUUAUGUGAGCUCCAGGCAUUGGCCAAUGAUCCGCCUUCGUCAGGACCAGAACCUCCAGUGGCUGAUUGGUGAGGGGGCUGAUACCACUGUCAGCACAAACAAUAACUGUGCAUAUGACAGGUUUGUAGUGAGUGGAACAGGGUUGAAAAACACAGUGAUUUCCGGCACAGCCAGGCCUUUUAACUUGCAAGUGGAAUAUGGCCUUACUUACGCUGAGGCAAAAGCAGUGUCUGACCAUUACCCUAUUGAGUUGGAACUCCGCAUAGAUGGUUUAUACAAUGGCCAGCGUUUCGCGAUCAGCUCGAGCGUUGGGAUAAGUGGAGGUCUGUCUCUGAAUGGCGUCUGUGACUGCGUAGGAGUAGAUUUUGCAAGCUGCAAUGGACGCUGUGGAGCCUAUUCCAAUAAAUUUCCCUGUAGCUGUAAUGCUUCAUGUACUACCUAUGGCGACUGCUGCGCUAACUACUUACCUUACUGUAAACCGUAAAUCAUCUGGACUUUAAAGAGCGACAAACCAUAAUGUUUUUUAUUGCACAGUGCUACAGAUCAUGCUGUCAUUUUAAAAUAUAUAUAAUCACUGAAAACAAUAUUUACAGACUUUCUAACUAGACCUUGCAAUAAGCCUGCCCAGAAAAUGUACCCUAUUUUACUUCUCCGCUAAGUCUUUUAAAGUGUUUAUUUUUUUUUUAGUACAUUUCAAAGUGUAAAAAGCUUUAAUCAAUAAACAGGUUGGAUUAGCAUGA